AUUGAUAUGAACGGAUCUCAAUUCACCAGGUCAUAAGGCCAGAACAAGACCAUUUCCAGCAACUGAGAUGGAAAUUUCCUUCCAACCAUUCUCAGAUACAGUUGAGAUCUUUCAAGUUCAAACUUCCUAAAAUGAACACUGAAUCCUCCUCUUUGAACACAUAGAUACUCAUCUGUCCCAUCUUUUCUGGAAAUAUGAAUUGUCAACAAUUUCUCUUGCAGCCAUUUAUUCUCUUAUCCAUAUCGUUACUGUUCCGACAAAUAUCUGGAACUGAUUUUGUCAUUAAUAGUUUCAAUUCCUCCAACAUAUUACUCUAUGGAAAUGCCACAAUCGAAUCCCAGAUUCUUACACUAACAAAUGAGUCAGUACACAACAUUGGACGUGGGCUUUACCCUUCAAAGAUUGUUACCCGUGAAGCAAAUUCAUCUUAUGUCCUUCCAUUUUCAACUUCUUUCAUCUUUGCCAUGGCGCCCUCCAGGCUUUAUAGCCCUGGUCAUGGGUUCGUUUUCCUGUUUGUACCUGAGACUGGGAUCGAUGGGACUGAACCAGCCCAGAAUUUGGGACUGCUCAACUUAACAAACAUGGGGAAACCGGAAAAUCAUCUCUUUGGUGUUGAGUUUGAUGUGUUUAGAAAUGAAGAAUUCAAGGAUAUUAGUGACAGCCAUGUUGGGAUCGAUAUCAAUUCACUUGUGUCGGAUUUUGCUCAUGAUGCAGGGUAUUGGCCUGAUGAUGGACAGCCUUUCAAGACUGUGAAAAUGAAUAAUGGGAAGACUUAUCAAGUUUGGAUUGAUUAUGCUGAUUCUCGAAUCAAUGUGACCAUGGCUCCAACUGGGAUGAAAAGGCCAAAGCGGCCUUUGUUAAAUGCAACUGUCAAUCUUUCUCAAGUUUUCCAGGAUGAAAUGUAUGUGGACUUCACCUCAUCUACAGGUCAGUUAGUUCAAAGUCACAAGAUUUUAGCAUGGAGUUACAGCAAUACCAAUUUCUCUCUGAGUGACGCGUUAAUCACAAAUAGCUUGCCGUCAUUUGAGCUGCCAAAAGAACCGAUCUUUAAACAAAAAGGGUUCAUUGUAGGUCUUACAGUUGGACUUUUUCUUAUGCUGGUUUUGGCAUCUGUAGUUUCUUUCAUGCUUGUGAAAAUUUGUCAGAGAAAAAAGAGAGAAAUUGAGGAAAUAGAAGAUUGGGAGUUGGAGUAUUGGCCUCAUAGAAUGAGUUAUCAGGAGAUUGAGUCUGCAACUAAGGGGUUUUCAGAGGAAAAUGUGAUUGGAAUUGGAGGUAAUGGAAAAGUUUACAAAGGGACAUUAGUGGGUGGGGCGGAGAUUGCCGUGAAGCGAAUUUCACAUCGGAAUAGUGAAGGGAUGAGAGAAUUUGUAUCUGAAGUUUCAAGCUUGGGAAGACUAAAGCAUAGGAACUUAGUGGGAUUGAGAGGCUGGUGUAAGAAAGAAAAGGGUAACUUCAUAUUGGUUUAUGAUUACAUGGAAAAUGGAAGUUUGGACCAGAGAAUUGUGCAUCAUAAUGACAGCGAGCUUUUGAGUUGUGAAGACAGAAUUAGGAUUUUGAAGGAUGUGGCAUCAGCUUUGUUUUAUUUGCAUGAAGGGUGGGAAUCCAAAGUUCUUCACAGGGAUGUUAAGGCCAGCAAUGUCUUACUUGACAAAGACAUGAAUGCAAGAUUAGGCGAUUUCGGGUUGGCUAGGAUGCACGAUCACGAUCAAAUGGCUGCAACAACUCGUGUUGUUGGAACCGUGGGAUACAUGGCGCCGGAAUUGGUCAAGAACGGCAGAGCUUCAACACAAACUGAUGUCUUCAGUUUCGGAAUACUGAUUUUGGAGGUCUUAUGUGGUAGGCAGCCAAUAGACGAAGGAAAGCCAUUUCUUUUAGAUUGGGUGUUAGAGCUUUUUAAGAAAGAUGAGCUGCUUAGUGCUUUAGAUGAUCGACUAAAGGAGAAGGGAGGAUUCGACAAUGAGGAAAUGGAAAGGGUUCUGCAUUUAGGCCUAAUAUGUGCACAUCCUGAUCCUAAUGUUAGGCCAACAAUGAGACAAGUUGUGAAGCUUUUAGAAGGGAAAAAUCCUGAACUUGUUGAUGAAUCUGAAGAGGAGGAUACGAAAGUAUACCUUCUUGGGAGGAUGAAAACCAAUGAUAAUAUGUGGUCUGAUUUCUCAUACAGCAGUAGUCUUUCACAUUCUUACCCCACAUUUGAAAAAAUUAGACAAGGGCUGUCAUCUUCACUGUCUAAUUAGAUUGGCAACUGAAACAAGUGUUUCAUAAUUGUAUUCAAUAGUUUGGUUUGUAAUUUGUAACUUCUGUUAAUAUAGUUCCAUACAUUCAUUCAUUUUCCUCGGCAA